CAUGACAUCUGCCAAAACUCCCUCUGAAGAUGAAUAUUAUGAUGGAAGGGUCUUAAUAUAUGUUAAGAAAAAUGGGUUUCCUGUUGAUGACUUCGCAUGGGAGAAAUUGCAUAGAUUUGCCUCAAAAUCUUCUUUAGAAGGUGAAAAAUCUGAAAAAAAUAGUAAUUUACCAAGUAUAGGCUUGGCAAGAGCAAGAACAGCAAUAUCAAAUUGUCUCGAGAUGCAACAUAAAGUCAAUCUCGUUCAGCGAUAUAUGAAAGAGUUGCAUUACAACUUUACUGAUACGCAAUCUUUCGACGUUGGAAAAUAUAGGCCAAUUACAGGUUUGAUGAAUUUAGCAAAAGAAAUGAUAAAGGAAUCUUUACCAAUCAAAUGUUUAGAGGCGACUCUAUGCUCAUUGAUUAUCGACUACAAAAAAUGCUAUGAAAAUAAUAUGCAUAAAUUGAAAACAGCUAAAAUUGGUUCUCCUUUAACACAUGAUCAAUAUAGCUAUGAAAAAAUACCUUGGAAGGGUGUUACAAUCAAUUUUGAUAAAAUUUCUGAACAAGAUUUAGUCAAGGAAAUAGAUAAGCAUUCAAAGUUUAUGAGAUUACAGAGUAAAUCAAUGGAAACUGUUCAGAAUGCUUAUAUGAGAAAGUGUCCAACGCUUAAGGGUCAUACAAUGCCAGUUAUAAUGAAAACACGUGCCAUUAUUACUGCUAGUUAUAAACCGAAAAUAUCAUAUAAAAAGAGAUCCAGGCUAAAGAAUUGUAAGUCAGCUAAAGUGAAAAGAACUCCACAAACUUCUUCAAAAGAAGAACGUAGACAAUCACCUGAAGAAAUUGAUUUAAGAGUUUGA